CGUUGAUUGGUGUUGCCACGGAACAUUGAGUGGUGCACAGCAGUUUCCGUCGAAAAUGGCGGAGUACGUUCAUGUUUUUCGAAGGGCUUUAGGCCAGUUGGGAGGUCAUGGGGGUCUUCGUGGAUUGCUUGUGCAGUUUUUCAGGGUUAACGACGUGAAAACUGGAGCACUGGUUGGGAUUGACAAGUAUGGAAACAAGUAUUUCGAGGACAAUCGUUACUUCUUUGGUCGGCAUCGCUGGGUGGUCUACACCACAGAGAUGAACGGAAAGAACACCAUGUGGGAAGUGGAUGGGAGCAUGGUGCCUUCGGAAUGGCAUCGCUGGCUCCACUCCAUGACUGAUGAUCCGCCGACCACACACCCUCCUGUUCCCAAGAAGUUCCUUGCUGAAGUGCACCAGUUCAACGUGAGCGGCUCCGCAGCCCAGUACGUGCCGUUUUCCACAACCCGGAAGAAGAUCCACGAAUGGGUUCCCCCAAAGGCUGGGAGUCAGUAACUUCUGCCCCCUCUCUGUAUAUUGUCAUUGUAAUUACCUGUUUAGAGAUCUAUUAAUAAAUUAAACAAACGUACAAAAACGA